AUGUCCUCAGCGUUGAGCAAGCGCCAGCAGGCGCGCAACGAAAAGCAGCUCCAGGAGCUGGUACACAGCGUUCGCGGGAAUAACCAAUGCGCCGACUGCCACGCCCCCAACCCAGCAUGGGCAUCAUGGAGUCUCGGCGUCUUUCUUUGCAUGCGGUGCGCCUCCAUCCACCGAAAGCUUGGCACGCACAUCUCCAAAGUCAAGUCGUUGAGUAUGGACAGCUGGUCCAACGAGCAGGUCGAUAACAUGCGCAAAGUGGGCAACACCGUGUCGAACCAAAUCUAUAAUCCCGAUAAUAAGAGGCCACCCGUGCCUGUCGAUGCCGACGAAGCCGACUCGGCCAUGGAACGAUUUAUACGUCAAAAGUACAUGCACAACGUCGCCAGCCAGUCGGCCAAGCCACGAAGCCAGCGCUCCGACGAAGGCACACCCCCACCGCUGCCGCCCAAGAACUCGACCAAGUUCGGGUUCAGGUCGGCAACAUCCAUAUUUCCGCUGUCGUCGCGGGCCAAGAAGGAAGCAAAGGUGGCAGCUCUAGCCGAGGCGACGCACAAUGCCUCGUACGACCCGCCAGUGGCCAACAAGCCAUCCAAGGUCUUUGGUGCGACUCUAGACUACGAUGGCCCCGACGACUCUGAUAAGAAGCUCGCCAAGCUUCAAGACAUGGGAUUUCAGGACAGCCAGCGAAACGCAAUUAUCCUGAAAGGUGUAAACGGCAACUUGGACCGGGCUGUCGAGGCUCUUGUACGGUUGGGUGAGGGUAGUAGGACAUCGCCAGCGCCACCUAUGGUGCCUCCGCGAGAGAACAGUCUGCGGGCAUCGAGGUCUCUGACGCCGUUGACGUCCAAGAACAGCGGACUCGGCGCGGGCCUCACAGUUCCACAGCCGUCCACUCAUGACCGACCAACAACGGCCUCAACGACCUCAACCUCGACCAACCCGUUCGACAUGCUGACGCCUGCUCAGCCCCAGACGGCACAGUCGACGGGAACCCUGCACAACAAGAACCCGUACGGAAACGCGCCGCUGGCAGCGAACAACCCCUUCGGCCAACCCUCACAGCCGCUGGAUGCUGUCAGCCAAGCUUUCCAGGGCCUGUCGGUGACCCAGCAGCCGCAGAGCCUGUUCCCUCACCGCACGGGGGACGUGGGACGACAGGCGCCUCAGCAACCCCCGGCGUUCCAGCAAUACAUGUCGCCGUCGGCGCCGUCGAGCCCCUCAAACUAUCAACAGAUGAACUUCCAAAGCAGCAUGACGUACCCGCAACCGAUGUCGCACCCGCAGCAGACCUUGCAAACGAAUCAAACGGGUUACAAUCCCUUCUUCUCCCAGCCGUCGAGUCCGACAUCAGCAAUGUCUCAGCAGAGCGUGUCAGGCGGGACGGGCCAGAUGCAAGGCGGCCUUGCGAGCAACCCGUUUGCGCGGUCUCCAACUCGGAUAGCGUCACCCACUCUGGGGCAGAUUCCGGAACAAACGCAGACGACGUUUCUCACCGCCUCACCACAGCCGCUGCCCACGAACACAAACCCAUUCUUCACCAACGCGGUGCAGACCCCGCCGCAGCAGGGGGGUGCCAACCCGUUCGGCCAGCAGCAGGGUUACGGACAGCAGACGAACGGACAACAAACAUACGGACAGCAGACAUACGGCCAGCAGGCAUUCGGCCAACAGGCAUACGGACAGCAGGCGUAUGGUCAGCCAUCGUACGUUCAGCCAUCGUUUGGGCAGCAACAGCAGCCACAGAUGCAGUACCAGCCACAACGACAGAACAAGGCGUCCAUCAUGGCAUUGUAUGGACAGUCGUAUCAGAUGCCCCAGAGGGCUGCGACAUCGGAUGCAAACCGGCCGGCGCACCCCGCCACGAUACCGGAAGACCAGGCCGUGUACACGCAGACGGCCGCUCCGCCAUUGCCGUUGCCUACAGCGGUGCCGUCGCGGAGUGCGUCGCUCCCGGUGGGUGGAGGCACAAACCCUUUUAUGAGCAACGGUGCCACUUCAGCGGCACCAGAUCCCUUUGCGUCGAGUCGGCAUAUUAGUAGGGAGAGCAUGAACCUGGGCAUGGACAUGGCAUGGACCAACGGCCGGCAUAGCCCCGAUGCAUUUGCAAGCCUGAGCGCACGACAUGUAUGA